AUGUACAUUAGGGUUUUGGAAAAGCUUACUGAUACUGCCCUGAGCGCUCACCUCAUCUCCAUCUACCGCGACUACCUUCCAACGCAGGGUACUUCCCUGCCCAAAGUUGUGUACAUCGAUUGCAAGAAUAGCUUUCCCAUCAGAACAUUCCACGCUCAUCUCGCCACCGCCCCCUCGGCCUUAUCAGUUACAUCUGAGCAAAUCAUGGAGAACGUGCGAGUCGUAGUGUGUCUAGACCUCACUGAACUACGAAAAGCAAUCCAGACCCUAUCUCAUUCGCUCGCAGUUGAGCGGGCAUCAUCAAAAGAAACAGACCCUUCUUCCACAUCGACUACGUUCGUUAUUCUCUGUGGCUUAGAUGCUAUGUACCGUGCGACACAUCUCGUUGAUCAUCUUCUAGCCCACCAGCAGCUGAAUGACUCUUUGUUGAGACUACGCAUACUUGCAGCUGAACAGGAGUCUGGUGCACUACAAACUGAUAUACUCCUUCCGCGCGCUGAAUUCCCGCGAGCUGCAUCCACUCUUCUCUAUAAGGAAGCCUCGAAUUCUACACACCCGAUUAAAAAGCCCAGAUCUAGCUGGUAUGGCUCUGGUAAUAUGCUCGGUGAUUACAUAAUAAAAUUCUAUACAGAUUAA